ACGUCACGGGCAAGGGCCGCCAUUUUGACUGAGCAACCAUAGUGACAGGAGCCGAAGCAGCAGCGCAGGUCGUCCCCGUUUCCCCUCCCCCUUCCCUUCUCCGGUUGAUUUCCCGGGCCCCUUACACUUCACAGUCCCGGCCCUGCCAUGUCCCAGAAACAGGAAGAAGAGAACCCUACGGAGGAGACCGGCGAGGAAAAGCAGGACACACAGGAAAAAGAAGGUAUUCUCCCUGAGAGAGCUGAGGAGGCAAAGCUAAAGGCCAAAUAUCCAAGCCUAGGACAAAAGCCUGGAGGCUCUGACUUCCUCAUGAAGAGACUCCAAAAAGGGCAAAAGUACUUUGACUCAGGAGACUACAACAUGGCCAAAGCCAAGAUGAAGAAUAAGCAGCUGCCAAGUGCAGGACCAGACAAGAACCUGGUGACUGGUGACCACAUCCCCACCCCACAGGAUCUGCCCCAGAGAAAGUCCUCACUCGUCACCAGCAAGCUUGCGGGUGGCCAAGUUGAAUGAUGCUGCCUGGGGCUCUGCCAGAUCCUGAGAUGCUGCCCCCCCAUCCCCCCCCCCUCCCCCGUGCUGGUUCCUGUCCCUCCCUGCUUUUGCAGCCAGGGGUCAGGAGGUGGCUUGGGAAUGGGCUGGAGAGGCAGAAGCCCCUGCCCGCUGGUGUCCCAGCGCAUGGAACCCCUUUGGGCUGAGCACCAAGACCUAGACGUUUUUGUUUUACCUUUUUCUUUUUUUCCAAAUAACUAUUGGGAAAAUCUCAGUGAAAUCCUGUGGGUGGGGUUGAGAGGGUGGGAUGGGAGAGUUGGAUGACUAUGAAUUAGGAUUUAGAGUUGAAUGUUUUAAGUUAGGAAUGUUUAUUCCUGACUGUCCUCCUUCUACCAUGUGGUUGGUGUGGGAUGGGUCUAACAGGGAGGAAGUGGAGUAGACUAAUGAAUAAUAAGGGUUCUAAUUCAGCUCUGUGGAUAAAUGCCUUGUGUGGAUGUGGAUGGAGACCUGGUGUCAGAUAAAAGACACUGUCAUCUAUAACAGUUGUGAACAGCUCCUCUGGUUCUGCAGAGCAAGCUGAGAACUCAAUUGUUCAUUGAAGUGUUGUCCUUGAAGUAGAUUUGCUAUGGGAAGAAGGGCAGUGAGUGUGGGGGAAAGGAGCCAUGAGUGUGGGGAGCCCCACAGAGCCUCGGGGACUUUUUCAAUAUUUGAAAUAAAAAAGAAGAAAAAAAAAAGACCAAUGAAAAACCCAACCCAGAAAUA